AUGUUGAGCGGGGAGUGCUCACCCAAUGUCACAAACCUGGAGAGGAGAAGCGACGAGGACAGGUCUGGCGAGUCCUGUCACAAGAGCAACAUGGUGAAGAAGGAUUUCAACAGCAGGAUGGACGCCCUCAUAGAGUUCACCGAUAGCUCUCGUAAUAGGAUCUCUCUGAUGGAAUCCCAAAACAAGACAAAGAAGAGAGAGCUAGAGGACGAGUACCUGUUUUUAAAAAAAAUAGGAGACGUGUGCAAGCUCAGUUGCGAUUAUUACUUGGAGACAAAUGUGAGUUUUCACGAGGCGUGUGAGAAUUUCAACAUUUUGUUCAGGGCAUUUGAGGAGUCCCUUCUUAACGUAAAGAACAAAGGAGAUGAGGCAGACGUGGUUGCAGAGAAGCUGAGCAAGGUAGCAGACAAGGUCAACCUUCAAAUGAAAGAAAGCAAAGAGGCGUACGAAACAUCGAAGAAGGAACUAGUCCUUCUCCAAACAGAUGUCCAUUACAUGAGGAACGAAUCUGAAAAUAUUAUGAACAAAAUAAAAGAAGUGGAUUACCAAAUUAACCAGCACAAGGAGGCCUUCGAGUCGUUUCACAUUUUGACCCACCUGAACACUGAGCGGAUGUCGGUGCUACAGAAUGACUUCACGAAGAUGGAGGAGGAGCGGGGGGAAGUGUUGAGGGGAAUUGAGGAGGCUGCGUCUGGCGCGGUGGCCGCACGGGAUGGUCUGGUCGUGCAGAAGGGGCAACUGGAGGAAGAGAGGGAGGCCUUGCUCGGGAAGGAACGCGAAUUGACCCACAAGAAGGAGAAGCUAGCCAUACGGAAGAGCGAAGCCAUGUCGGACAAUGAUCGGCUCAAGUCUCAGAUGCAGUUCAUGCAAAAUCAGCUGUCAUCGCAGGAGCAUUUCCUGAGUGUCAUCAAGUGUGGCCUGGACGGAAGCAUUCAGACGAGGAAAGAAUUGAGUUCCGUUUUAGGUGGCAUCAACAAGGAGAUAGAGGAGGUGGAAGACCUCAUGGAGGUUUGCAGGAAGGAAGAGGUGGAGGAGAGGAAGAAGUGUCAUGAGAUGGAAGAAAAGGUUAAGAAGCUAGCCACGGAGUUGGAAGGGCGCGAAAGGAAGUUAGAGGCACUUGCGCAGGAGGAAAAGACGAUGAGAGGGAAGGUUGAAGGGGAACGAAGUAACGUUAACCAGAACCUGCUGAACGAGUUGGUUAAGGAGAAGAAGCUAAUAGAUGGUGAGAUUGGGAGCUACCAGGAGGAGGCAGGCAAGUUGGUUCUACGCGAGGGGGGUAAGCUGGAGGGGUUGUUAGGUGGAGGUGCAGCUGUUGUGCUGGGUGAUCUGCUGAGUGGCGUACCCUCUAGUGUGCCCCAUGCAACGAACGAGGUGAACACAGCCGACCCUGACAAAUCCAUCCCGCGGGAGCACCCCCUUGACGCACAGUCCCCCGCGAGUGAAGCGUUCUUAAGAGGGUUGCAGGAGGCUAUAGACACUGUGAAGGAAAGAAUAAACGAAGAGCAAAACGAGGUUUGGAGGAAGGAAAGAGAAGUGCAAAGGAUAAAUGCCCUGACUAAUGAGCUGCGCAGCAAAGUACAGGAUGAAGAGGGUAGAGGGACCAAGUUAGACCUGUUGAUGAAGGAAAAAAGGGAGCAGAUCACCAUGCUUAGGGAAAAGGAAAGGGAGGUGGAGAAGCAACUCUCUCGCAUGCAGGACGUGACCAAAGAAGAGAAACUCAAUUAUGAAGAGAAACAAAAGGAAGCGAAGAGAAUGGAGGAGAAGCUGUUACACAAUAAUGAAAUUGAAAAAGAAGAAUUGUCCUUACUUGAGCAGGAGUACCACGAGAGGAAGGACAAGCUGUUGUCUUCAUCGGGGGAUGGACUUAUAAUGGUGAGUUCUGAGGAUAAGAGAAAAAUGAAGGAAGAUGUGAAUGCGUACUUGGUAAAGACAAAGAUGGAGUUUGAUUUGAAGAAGAGGCAGUUCGAAAAGAGCGAGAGGGAGAAGUAUGAAGAGGUCGGGAGUCAGUUGGAUGGAGAGCUUAAGCGGAAGAACGAGUUAAUUGCUUAUUAUGAGGAGUUGAUUGGCAGGAAGGAGAAGAUGGGUGUGAGGCCGGGAGAGAGCAGUGCGGCUCCGCAGGAGAGGAUGGCGGGGAUGGGGAAUACGAAGCGGGCAGACAGUCGGGCGGACGGUAGGGCGGACAGCCGAGCGCACCGAUCGGGCCCUUCCACGGAGAGAAGGAAGUCCGCCCAGCGGGGCGGCACUGUCCACAGGAGUAGCAGCGGUGUUGACGCGUCGGCUAGCACGUCUGCUAACAUGAUCAGUAGCACGUCCCGUAACAGCGACACCAACAGGAGCACCACCGGUGCGAACGUCCGCAAGGUGGUGAACAACGCGCCGGACACGUACAAGUUCAGUUACUUCGAUGUGACCUCUCCAGGGGAGAUGAGGAAAAAUAUGAAUUUGCAGAGCCGGUCCGUGAAGUCACCUCACAUCGCGAGGUUACUUGAAAAGAUAAAACUGAGGAAGGAAUGCCAGACGCUCGUGGGCACUAAAAAGGUGCCGUUGACUCAGGUGAGCAGUAGCGACGGCAGACGGAGCAGGACCAUUGGGGGCAGCUCUGGUAAGAGGGCAAGUACGGGUAAAAGUGGCAAGGGUGCAGGUCACAAGAAAUCCUUCGUCAACACGAAGGCACCCAAGAGCAACGACUCCUUUGACCUGUUCCACCAUCUGUGA